GCAUACGGGAGUAGUGGAGUGUAAUCAAUAAGGCAUCUGCCGUUCAAUGUGAUUAGGUCGAUGUGACGUCAAGUCCGGCACAUUCCAUAUUGGAUGUCCUCCGGGUAAUUCAGAAGACGUAUGUUCGUCGGCCAACAGGAUUACUUUAAUUGAUAGGGAUCGCUGUAUAUUCUGGCAGAAUACUUCAUCAACAGCUUCGUUUUCGACCGAUUACUGAUACGAACUUGAUCAUGGCUAUUCCCUCGACUGAGCAGCUGGCAGAGGGCCAGGGGGCAAAAAAGCUACAUUUUGUGAUUGUUGGAGGAUCACUCGGUGGUCUUGCAACUGGCCUUGCAUUGAAAGCGCUCGGCCACGACACCACGAUCCUAGAGCGCAACCCCGCCCCGUUGCUUCAGGACCAAGGAGCGGGAAUAGUCGCAGGUGGUGACACCCUCGCGCUUUUCAACCGAUACAAUCGAUGCGAUCGACCGUUUGCUGUUCGCUCGGAUAGGAGACAGUAUCUUGACAGGGACGGCAAUAUAGUGCACAAAGAGGAAACAGUGCAAUAUAUGACCUCUUGGGAUUUGACGUACUACCUUAUGCGCGCCAACUACGACGGUAUUGAGAGUCCAUAUUGCAAAGUGCCGGAGCCUGCCCCCGAGCAUGGGAAAGCGACUCACCUACAUGAUCGACAAGUCGUGAGUUUCAAUAAGGAGGACGACGGUAUUCGGGUGUACUGGAAAACGAGUGAGGGAGAAGAGGGAAGUAUAUUUGGUGAUAUUCUUAUAGGAGCCGAUGGACCUAGCUCGACGAUACGAAAAAUCCUUGAACCGGAUGUCGAGAGGAAAUAUGCCGGUUAUUGUGCCCUUCGUGGGACAGUGAUCGAGACUGAAGCUAGCGAGUCUGCUAGAGAAGCUUUUAGUCACCGAUUUACUUUCUUCCACUCUCCUGGAAUCCAAAUCCUGGCGUACCUGAUUCCAGGAAAGGACGGGACGAUAGAACCAGAUCAACGUCUCAUUAACUUCGUCUACUACACCAACUUCCCCGAAGGCUCGACAGAGUUUGAAGAGAUUAUGACAGACAAGGAUGGAAGACGGAGGCAAAUCACCAUCCCGCCAGGUGCGAUUAACCCAGACGCCUGGGAGAAGCAAAGAGAGCUCGCGCGUGAAAGGCUUCCGCCGCAAUUUGCAGAGAUUGUCCGCGGAACUAAAAAGCCAUUCGUUCAAGCCGUGACGGACGUUCUGACCCCCCAGAACGAGUACUUAGACGGCAAAGUCGUCCUAAUAGGCGACGCGCUUGCUGGAUUCCGGCCCCAUACGGUCGCCUCUACUUCGCAGGCCGCUUUUGACGCAAUGAUCUACGCGGAUUACAUCGCCGGAAAGAUAUCUAGGGAAGAGUGGAAGAGAGAGACGAUAGGCUUCGCGAGGUAUAUUCAGAAGAGGGGGGUAGAUAUGGGUAUACGAAGCCAGUACCAGGAUCUCCCGCUGAAUGAACACAUCAAUGAUCGCAAUCGAGCAUCAGUACCGCGGGAGCAAGAAAUCCUCCCUGAAUGGGCGACGGUCAUAUAGAGUUUCUUUUUCAUUUCACAUCAAAUAGCUACCUACACAUGCAUUUCGCAUAUAGAACUAGGAUAUGUGCGGUUAGUUGGCUGAAAUACGCCUGUUUGAAGCAUUUUCACCCAAGUAUCUCAUAUCGCUAUUGUAAGUUCAUGAAUUUCAGC